CAACAAAAAAUUAUAUUUUAGCACAAGUGCAAGCGCCAUGGGUCCUUUUAAUUCUUCAAACCUCUCUUGCCUCAUUCAGGAAUCACAACCAUGUCCCGCGUUGAACUCUUGUCACCAGAAGGCCUUCGAGUCGAUGGUCGUCGCCCUGCAGAACUUCGAAAGAUCACAAGCGCGACCGCAGUGCUCUCGCAAGCGGAUGGAUCAGCCUAUCUGGAACACGGAAACACCAAAGUCCUGGCAGCAGUCUAUGGACCUCGGGAGGCGAGGCAUCGUGCACUCGUCGCUCACGACCGCGCGAUUCUGAAUGUCGAGUUUAAUGUUGCACCGUUCAGCACUGGCGAGCGUAGGAGGCGUACCAAGAACGACAAGCGCUUGCUGGAGAUGGCCUCGUUCGUGAAGCAGACAUUCGAACCGGUGGUGGUGACAACACUUUAUCCUCGCUCACAGAUCGAUAUCUAUUUGCAGGUCAUUCAACAGGAUGGUGGGGUGCUGCAGGCAUGCGUCAAUGCGGCGACGAUGGCUUUGAUUGAUGCUGGAAUCGCUAUGACGGACUAUGUCUGCGCAUGCACAGCUGGAUGGAUCGAGCGUGAAGCGGCCAUUGAUCUGAAUCAUAUGGAAGAGGUUUCGGAUACCUCAGAAGUGACGAUUGCAAUGCUACCAAAGAGCGGCAAGGUUACACUGGCACAGAUGGAAUCACGGUUACAUGUGGAUAAGCUGGAGGAGGUGCUUUCGUUGGCGAGCGAGGGCUGUAAGCAGAUUCAUUUGGUUGUGGAUAAGACGAUCCGCGAUCGCGUGGAGGAGCUUGCACGGAAAAUGGCUGUAUAGUACUUGUUGGGCAGACGCAUUGAAUAAAAAGUGACCGCAUAAAUGAUCUGCACAGCACCGUUAUUUGGUUAGAACGAGCCUUUUUUUUUUUUUUUUUUUUUUU